AUGUCGGACAGAAAGCUCAUUCUAGUCAUUGGAGGAACCGGCGCCCAGGGCAGCCCAGUCGUCAAGGCCCUCGCAAUAAGCACCCGCUACGCCGUCCGCGUCCUCACCCGCAACCCCUCCUCCCCGCAGGCGCAAGCCCUCGCCGCGCUCCCCAACGUAACCUUCCUCCAAGGCAGCCAGGAAAACCAAGCGGACCUCCACGCGGCCCUGCGCGGCGUCUACGGCGCCUGGGUGAAUUUCGACGGCUUCACCAUCGGAGAGAAAAACGAGCUCUUCUAUGGCAUCCGCGCGUACGAGAUUGCGCGGCACGAGGGCGUGCAGCACUAUGUCUUUGCAAACUCGGACUUUGCGCUCCGCAAGGCCGGCUGGGAUGAGCGGUACCGAAACCAUAAUGAUGCAAAGGGGCGGGUGGGCGAUUUCAUCCUCGGCCAUGGGCAGGCGGGGGGCAUGAAGACGUCGCUGCUGACGACGGGGCCGUACAUGGAUAUGCUUUUUGACGGGCUGUUUGUUCCCGAGGAGCGCGGGGGUGGAUUUGUCUGGGAGAAUCCGGCUGCCGACGGCAAAAUCCCCCUCAUCGCCCUCGACGACGUGGGCGCCUACAGCCUCUGGCUCUUCGACAACCCGGACCAGGCAGCCGGCCUGAACCUCGAAGUCGCAACCGACCAGGUCACCUUUUCCGAAAUCGCCGAAACCUUCACCCGCGUGACCGGCAAACCGGGAAUCCACAAACGCAUCCCGCUCGACGAGUACCUCCACAAGGCCGAACCGUACCCGGGCGCAUACUCCAACUGGACCGUGCCGCUCACCGUCCCGCGCGACGAGGCGUUUGUCUCCUGGCGCGAGAAUUUUUCGGCCUGGUGGCGGUACUGGGGUGAGGGCAAGGGGUCGACGCGCGAUAUGGCGCUGCUGGAUCGGGUUUAUCCGGGGAGGAUCAGGAGUUUGGAGGAGUGGAUGAGGGCCAAGGGGUAUGAUGGGAAGGCGAGGGCAGUGUUGAAGGAUAUUCAUGAUUUUAGGACCAUGUCUACAGUUUGA